UACAACAUCGUUGGUGACGGCACCCCUCAAGCAUUCAUUCCAAUUCUCACCGCAUCAACUGAAGAGGAACUUCCUCUAACCAGGUAUAAUUCUUUUUAUCCUUUCAUUUGGUCGAACUUCUCCUCCGCUGGCUAUGUGACUCUGUACGGGGAGGAUGCAUUUGCUAUAGGAACCUUCACUUAUCGAUUGAAGGGUUUCCGUAACCAGCCCACUGAUCAUUAUCUCCGGACAAUUUUCAAGGAUUACGAGAAGAAAGGAGGAAACUGCCUUGGUUCGGAACCUCUUCACAAGACAUGGUUCCGUUAUUCGCGAGAAUUUAUGCAAGUUUACAAAGAUAUUCCACGUUUUUUACUGAUGCAUCAAGGAUUGCUCUCGCAUGAUGAUAUAAAUUUGGUG